AUGGAUCCCUUAUUCAAUAGCACUGAUGCGCUAAGCAACGGGAGCAGCGGCUCCAACGACACCAAUAACGGGACCAUGUACUGGAACCAGUUUGUGCAACCAGUCUGGAGAAUAGUGCUCUGGGCCAUCGCCUACAGUUGUAUAGUUAUUGUGUCCGUGGUAGGGAAUAUUGUAGUCAUCUGGAUUAUUAUGGCGCACAAGCGCAUGCGGACCGUCACCAACUAUUUUCUGCUCAACCUGGCGUUCGCCGAGGCGUCAAUGUCCGCCUUCAACACCGUGAUCAAUUUCACCUACGCCGUGCACAACGAAUGGUACUUCGGACUGGACUACUGCCGCUUCCACAACUUCUUUCCCAUCGCCGCUGUCUUUGCCAGCAUCUACUCUAUGACAGCCAUCGCUCUGGACAGGUACAUGGCCAUCAUCCACCCCCUGCAGCAGCGCAUGUCCUCCACAGAGACCAAGGUGGUGGUGGGAGUGAUCUGGAUACUGGCUCUGCUCCUGGCCUUCCCCCAGUACUACUACUCCAACACCGACGAGCUGCCCGGCCGGGUGGUCUGCUACAUCGACUGGCCCGAAUACACCAUCUGCGACUUCAAAAAGAUAUACUACGUGUGUGUGGCCAUCUUGAUCUACUUCCUGCCGCUGCUGGUGAUGGGCUGUGCGUACCUGGUGGUGGGGCUGACUCUCUGGGCCAGUGAGAUUCCUGGAGACUCCUCCGACCGCUACAAAGAGCAGCUGACUGCCAAACGCAAGGUGGUGAAGAUGAUGAUCGUGGUGGUGUGCACAUUUGCCAUCUGCUGGCUGCCCUACCACGUCUACUUCCUGCUGCACCAGUUCUUUCCGGAGAUGUUUGACGAGCCCUUCAUCCAGCAGGUGUACCUGGCCAUCAUGUGGCUGGCCAUGAGCUCCACCAUGUACAACCCCAUCAUCUACUGCUGCCUCAACGACAGGUUCCGCGCUGGAUUUAAACAAGCCUUCCGCUGCUGCCCCUGCGUCCCACGAGGCUCUUAUGAAGGUCUGGAGCUCAAGUCCACCCACUACUAUCAGACCCAGACCAGCGUGUACAAGGCCAGCCGGAUGGAGAUCACCUUGAACGGCGCCCCUUGGAGAGCGGAAAGGAAAACAAACAACUUCACAUUGACUCUGAUAUCUGCAUGUGUGAGUGUGUGUCUCUGUGUGGAUCAGCUGCGUGAUCAGAAUGCACACCGCUUCUCCCUGAACAGAACUUUUCAAGUACAUCAGUUUGCUGGAAGUGGGCAUCGAUCUCAAUCUGAGGAAACACUCCAAAAACAACUUCAAGGCGUUACUGAAAAUUAGCUCCAGCUCUGGUCUGAAGUUUGGCUCGGGUUUCUCAGGGCCAAAACACCGACUUUGAAAGCACCACCUUCUUGUAAUCAUACAAGUACUGCGGACGCUAAGGAGGCGAGGGCACACCGCCGGCAAAAACAGACUCACCUGCCUAAUGUGAGACCCGAGUGUCUAAGUAAGCAGCAGGUUGGCCAAGUGGAGCCUGCCACCAAAAGGCUGCAGGUUUGCUCCCCAGUAGCCAUGAGCACUGAACUCCAGCCGACAAAUUCCCGCCUUCCUUUGAAAUCAACACAGCGUCCAAGAAAGCUGUUCCACAUUCCUUCCUGUCUGCUCAGCUGGGUCCCACCUUUACCUAACCGAGGACACGGGGACGGCGGGGCACCACUUUUAAACUGUGAAGUAUUUGUAUCUUUCAUAGGCCGCCAUCUCCAUCUGGCAUUAACAUGCUGUCCCAGAUUGUGUCCCGAUUUGAUUUGGCUGCAUUCAUUCAAAUGUGUCUCCAGUACACACGCGUUGAAACUGCUUUUCCCCGUGCCAAAGUUUGCAGAUUGCUACGCAUGUCAUGUGCUCUUGUAAUAUUCACAACUUUUAAAAUAGACAGUGAACGCCUCGUCUGGCUUGUUCCUUGUCCGCGGAUAUCCUGACGAUCUAUUUUCAUGUACGAACUGCCUGUUGCUUGCUUUUUUUGUCCAUUGAUGUGAUAAAGAUAACUGUCAUUUACAAAGCCGUCACACGUUUACUGGAGGUGUAUUUACGUGAAUUCUUAGGUGUAUUUCCACCUGGAUUUCAUGCAUUGUUGCUCCGUCCAAAUACAUUCCAAUCACACGGGAUGCAUGUUAAUGCCAGGUGUAAAGGCCUCCGUAGACAAUUUGCCCUGUAAUUUGCACAGGCAGCCCAUUAGCCAUAGUUGUCUUUGUAAUGUGCAGUGAUGUGCCUUGCUGUUAGCGUAAUGUCUGUAAAAGGGCGAGAGGAGCUGGCAUGCAGCUCACUCUGCUGGCAUCCAGGAAAAAGGAGGGUUAGGUAACUGGGACUACGGAAGCCCACUGGGAGUUACCGCCCACCGUGGCGACCAUGCCUCAUGCGGGAAACCAUGCCGACACACACACACACAAAGACGAACACAUGCACACGCACAGUAGGAAGGGGGUGACCACCUGUUAACACCCAUCAUUCACCCUACUGACUCACAUCUAUUCUCAGCACACAAAGGCUGUUGUUGUGAAUUCCAGUGUCAGCUCAUGUGACACCGAGAGGCAAAUGCGAGGCACCAAGAUUAUAUUUUAAUAAGAAUGAGAACAAGCGUCACCCUGUUGACCAAAUACAGGAAUUUGCCUUGGUGACCCUGGUGUAGAGACAUACCUAUAAGAAAAAUAACUUAACUACCUACAGGCACACAUGGGACAAGGGCAACAGGACCUCAAAGUUAGUGCCAAGUGAAAGCGGAAGAUAUACAGCAGACGGUAGACUAUACACAUCAGUCCUCAUAUAUACAUUUUUAUUAUAGAAGCAGUAGAAAAAGGCAGAGUAAGCCUUGACUGAUUCGAGGCAUGAAUAAGAAAACUCUCAUCAGGGCUAGAAAGUAAUUAAAAGUACCACUACAAAUUUUUAGGAGGCUGACCCAUUCGUCUACUUGCCUGCCAAGAAGAGAGAAUGAAUCAGAAUCAUCCAUGUGUUCCUCGUAGAUCACUGGUGCUCCAUGAGACUAUAUCACCACUAUAGUAAGAAGGAUGUUCUAGUUGUCCUGUAUUAUAUGGCAUAUAGAUCCCGAAAUAAAAAAAAAGGGUCUGUAUAUUUAUUGUUAACUCAAUAUACAGCAACUGAUGU